AUGAAGCGCAUACUGAUGAUGUCAUUUGGAUCUAAAUGGAAAUAAUCAAAGCAUGAAGCAAAAAUCAUUGGAUAUGACCCAUAUAACACUGAUAUUGAGCGUUUAGCUCAUUGUCAAGAUAGAGUUGAAGAAGAUCAGUGGCGUUCAUUAGUUCAUUAUUGGAGCUCAAAAGAAGCAAAGAAACAAAUGGAUGAUCUUGCCGAGGUGUAUCCUGAGUUGAAUGUCCCUGGAAGUGAUCCUAAUGAUGUGUACUCCCAAGUAAUGGGAUCAGACACUCAUGGAAUUGUCCGAACUCUAGGAAAAAGAGCAUCUCCUAGCUUAGUAUAUGGCCCCGUAUAUAAUCGAUCUCAAGCUGAAAAAAGAGAUUUUGAUACAAGGGUUGAGAUGGAAGUUCAAAAAGCUACCUCAACUAUGAAAAUUGAGAUGACAGAGAAGAUGUAUGAAGCAAAAAAGGAGAUGGAAGCGAUGAAUAAAAAGUUGUUAGAAGCGAAAGAGGAAGCAAAAGAGAAUAACGAAGUGAUGGAGAGAAAAUUAUCGGAAGCAAAAAUGGAUAUGGAAGAAAUUAUAGCGGAUAAGGUGAAGGAAGGAAUACAAGCAUAUGUAGAGUCUUUGGGAAUUAAUAUUGAUGCAAAUUUAAAAUCAGAGCAGGUUCCUGAUAACCCACUUGAAGAUUGUCAACAACCAUCAUCACUUGUUCCAGGUGUUCACACAAGAAAGGCUAACAUGAUCAAGAAGAAUGGAACUAGAGUAGUUGGCAAAAAUAAAAAGAAGUGGAAAUAUUCAAUUAGUCAUUUUUGA